AGCGGCGCGAGUAUCAUUUUUUCCCUCUCACUCGAAUAUAAACCAGCAAAUAGCAGCAAAUACUGUUUUCUUCAUGGUCCUUCUGGCCUAAAGUGAGAAAGUGAAAGAUCCUGCAUAAAAGUUUGUUUAAAACUGCUGCUCCGUGUUAGUCGUAAGGCUACAUCAACCACGGCGAGGACAAAAUUUUGUCAUGGCGGCAAACAAACUGAGGUGGCUCAAGGCGUGAGAUUGCAUCCAGAACUAUCCCGGAGGCUGUGCAUCUGGUCUGGGUGUAGUACAAUUUCUACACAUCGUGUCAUCAUCAAUUCCUGUUUACCUACACAUCGUGUCGACAAAAUCGUCAAUAACCAUCGUUUUGGCGGUAAGGUAAACCGGCAAAUCCGCGGGAAACCCAAAAUCGGACAGCGCAUGCGUGAGUUUCUUCAAAAAAAAAAAAAACUUUGCAUCUCUAUAGGCGAAUUCCGAGUUUCUCGACGUGACAUUGGCAGAAGUGUCAUUAAAAAAAAAAGUAAAGUGAAGUUUUGUUUCAAAGUUUUACCAGCAUUAUUUCUGUGUUUUUUCUGAUUUUAUUACUUGAUUACUAUUGUAAAUCUCGACAAAUUCGCUAAAUAAUGGAAGAUACCGACCGAAAAAGUGCAAUUGCGAGGCGUGCCUAUUAUAAGGGCGCCAUAACAAAACAAAAGGCCAAGCUGCAACAAGAAAAUCUCAACUUGGCAAGUGCUGAAAUGCUUAAGCUCAAAGAGGCCAAACUGAUAAAGAUAUAUGGUGAGUACGAGGAACUCUGUAUUCAGCUUGAUGAGGACGAGGACGAUGCGACUGAGGAGGCAUAUCUGGAAUGCAUGGAGAGGGUACGCAUUGCAAUGAAUCGCUUGAAUAAGCCUCAGUCGGGAAGUCAAACUCAGUCGUGUUCCAGUUCCAAAGUGAAGCUCCCAGAUGUUAGUUUGCCUAUAUUCGACGGAAAUUACUUAGAAUACGGUCCCUACAAAGAAAUGUUUGAUGCCAUGAUAGACAGUGAUCCCGACAUUCAGGAUAUUCAGAAACUCUUCUACUUGCGAAGUUAUUUGCGUGGAGAGGCUCUCGAUUUGAUAAAGAAUAUGCCUGUAGUUGGGUCUAGCUACAAAGAAAGUCUGAAUAUCCUGGAUGACAGAUAUAACAAUAAGUCCAAGAUUGUAUUUCAACACAUUUCACAGUUGUUAGACAUUAAGCCUAUCUCUAAGCCAAAUGUACAAUGUUUAAGAACCUUGAUAAGUGAGGCAAAGCAGCAUGUUGCAGCUCUUAAGAACUUAGGACAACCUGUUGAGCAUUGGGAUGCUUUCCUAGUUUGCAUAUUAAGUAGGAAGCUUGAUCAAUUAAAUAGUAGGGCAUUUUAUCUUGAACAAAGCUCACCUUCUGUUCCUACUUACACUAACUUCAUAAAAUUUCUUGAAGCACGGGCACUUGCACUGGAGUCCAGCAAUGUUCGUGACAAUACAGUGAAGGACAGAGAGGUCAACAUGAGAGCUGGUUCUACUCUACAAGUGAGUCAAGCCAAAACAACCCACGUAGCUGUCGACGCAUCAUGCAACUUCUGCGACCCUGCUGCCGCAGUCUGAAGAGCUCACCCGCCACCACCGCGAUGCUGCACAACCGCGCCUAGUUCAUACUCAGUUUGGGUACAUUCUGGCAGGUAACCUUCCUGAAUUUUCACAUGGGAAUUCUGCUGUUUCUCUAUUCUGUAGGGACUGUAAGACUGAUCUUAACAGCACAAUGAAGCAAUUUUGGCAAAGCGAGAGUGUGCCUCAGGAGUUCACAGAACAUGAGUCUGAGAAAGUACAGUGCGAGGAGCAUUUUCAAAAAACUGUAAAGUUAGAAAACAAGCAAUUUGAGGUUUCAAUACCAUUAAAGGUGCCUAUCUAUGAUAUAAAUAAUUAUAUAGGUGACUCUCUUAGUCUCGCUUUAAAAAGAUUUUUGAAUCUCGAGAAAAAACUUCAUAAUGACCCGUCAUUAUUCAAAGAAUACAAAAGUUUCAUUGACGAGUACAUUGACUUAGGCCAUGCGAGUAGUGUAGACAUCAGUCAGUAUGACCUAAACAAAGAUCCUAUAUACUUCAUUCCACAUCACGCCGUAUUAAAACCUGACGCAGUAAGCACGAAACUUCGUGUCGUCAUGGACGCUGGUAUGAAGGGAUCCAACAAAAUGUCACUGAAUGACCUAAUGCUAACUGGUCCAGUAAUACAAGCUGAUAUGUUUGACAUCUUAUUGAGGUUUAGGGUGCAUAAAUAUUUCUUUCUCUGUGACAUACGUCGCAUGUACAGAAACAUCCUGAUCACUCCAGAGCAGCGCUCCUUACAAAACAUUUUAUGGCGGGACAGCCCGCAGGAGCCAAUAAGCUGCCUGCAACUACAAACUGUGAGCUAUGGGCUCCGCAGUUCAUCAUUCCUAGCCACACGAUGCUUGUAUGAGCUAGCAAUAAGAUACAAAGAUGAAUUCCCUUUAGGGUCAAAAGCAAUUCUUCAAUCAAGUUAUGUUGAUGAUAUUGUACAAAGUCACAAUGAUCUCGAUACCAUCAUUAAUAUAAAGAGGCAGCUAAUUGAUUUGCUUUCACUUGGAAGUUUUAAUCUACACAAGUGGUGUGCUAAUAAUAGUGCAAUUUUAAGUGACAUACCCACCGAGAAACAGCAGCAUUCCGAUGAACUUGAAUUUCAGAAGGAGAUCAAAACGCUAGGGCUAAAGUUCAAUGUAAAUAACGAUUCCUUUCAAUUUGCUCCUAUGCUUGAGCAGCCUGCUACCACAAAGAGGCAAAUAUUAAGCUUUAUAAGCCAGUUUUUUGACCCGCUUGGUCUGGCUGGUCCUUUAUUUGUGCAGGCAAAGGAAAUCAUGCAGUCGCUUUGGAUCUCUAAGGUAGGUUGGGACUCUGCACCCCCACCAGAAAUAUUAACUAAAUGGCAGGAAUUUUAUAGUAGUUUAACCAGAAUGCAGCCGCUUACAAUUAAACGCAAUGUGUGCUUAGAUAAUCAAACAAAUGCUGAGCUAGUCGGCUUUUCCGACUCUUCUGCUAAGGCCUAUGGCUGUGCUAUAUACUUGAGAUCAACAGAUAAAAAUGGUAAGAUAUCAAUGUCACUGAUUUGUUCUAAGUCUAGAAUAACUCCACUAAACAGUAAUCUGUCAAUGCCUAGACUUGAGCUAAACGCGGCCCUUUUGUUGGCUAAAACUAUGGCUAGGGUGUAUGAUUCAUUAAAAGAUGAGUUACAGAUUCAAAAUGUGUAUCUUCAUAGUGAUUCACAAGUAGUGUUAGCUUGGCUCAAAACUAACCCAAUCAAGCUAAAUGCUUACGUUGCUAACCGCAUUAAGUUAAUGCAACAAUUAACAAACAAUUAUCUAUGGUCUUAUAUUAAAACAGACCAAAAUCCAGCUGAUUGCCUGAGCAGAGGUGUCAGCCCAUGCGAUUUGAUGCAACAUCCACUAUGGUUUAACGGUCCCAAGUUUAUGUUAGAUCCUGAUUAUAAAUUUACUGAGUUUAACUAUGAGGCGGUUAAGUGUAAUUUACCAGAAAUUAAGGUAGUGUCAGGUGACUUGAACGAAGGUGGUCCGGUGUGUGCAGCAUCGCUGAAGGUAAACAGUGUAGUAGGGAAUAUUAUUACAAAAUAUUCUUCUAUAAGUAAGGCUCAACGAGUACUUGCCUAUGUGCAACGCUUUAUAAGCAAUCUAAAGAAAACAAGGUCUGAACAAAUAAAAUGUAACUAUUUAACAUAUUCAGAGUUGAAUCAAGCUUUGCUUCUUAUAAUAAAGCAUGAGCAAAUGAAAUACUUUUCAAGUAACAUUAAAAGGUUACAAGAAGGAAAGCAAACUGAGUCAUCAUUAAAAGGUUUAAAUCCAUUUUUGGAUGCAGACGGCUUGAUAAGAGUCGGUGGUAGGCUGCAACAUUCUGCUUUGCCUUACGCCCAUAAACAUCAGAUUAUCUUGCCUAAUGAUUCAUAUGUAACACAGUUGAUAGUUAAAAAUGAGCAUGUAAUAUUGUUACCAUAAAAAACAAGAAUGUUACGUUUAUUACAAGAAUUUGUAUCUUACCUGUAGAUUUAGACUAAGUUAUUUGUUUAAAGUAAGCACAAUCUUUUGUAAAUAUUAUAUUUUAUGCUUACACAUUACACAUCUAUCUUGUGAAUUUAGAUUGAAGUUGUGUACUUAUGUCAGUUAUUUCAGAUUUGUUUCAGAAAACUUACCUAAUCUUUAAUGUAUAAUGUCAGAGUUUAUAUAAGUACUUAUUUUAAAGGCAUAUGUUUACUAAAUAACCAACAUAAUAAGUUAUUUUUCCACUAGCUAUGUUAAGUGGUCUAUGCCCAUUAUUUCAGAUAGUUUUUGAUAAAACUUAUCUAAUUAUUAAUUUAUAAUUUUGAAUAUGUACUUACCUUAAAAGCAUAAAAAGUUAUUUUUGUAUACUCUCUAUCUAUGUAAAUAAAUUUACAUCUUAAGUAAAGGUAUAAUACUCUACCAUACAUAACUAUAGUUUGAAAUAAGUAAUUACAAAAUGCCAAUUUGUUCUAUGUAAUGUUUUCAUUAGCCACUUACAUACUUACCUAGCUAUGUUUUAUAAAAUUUACAGUCCACUCACUUUGUCGUUGGGAGUAUGUUGGCAACAUGAAUAAAUUGUCUUUGCCGUGUUGGCAUAAUAGAUUUAAAAAAGUUAAAAUAAAAACACACGACAAGUUGUACCUAG